AUGCCCUGUUGGUCGUGGUGGGUGUGCGGGCAGCAGCUGUGCGAGCUGAUUCAACCCUUUGAGCAGCGGCAACAGGCCGUCACCCAUUUCAUCCAGGGGGAGAAGGCGGGAGUGGGGGUGGAGGCAGUGGCGAUAGACGACCCCUUCGGCCCCGCCAUCACCGACCCUCACAUGGACGCCAUCGCUGUCAGUGUUGAGACGGAGAAAGGAGCCCAUGCAGUGAAUGAGAGGCGCGCCGCCAAUGGGCUCAAGCCACUGGAUGUGAUAGUGGCGGGUGGUGCGUGGGGAAGGCGGGUGGUGCGUGGGGAAGGCGGGUGGUGCGUGGGGAAGGCGGGUGGUGCGUGGGGAAGGCGGGUGGUGCAUGGGGAAGGCGGGUGGUGCGUGGGGAAGGCGGGUGGUGCGUGGGGAAGGCGGGUGGUGCGUGGGGAAGGCGGGUGGUGCGUGGGGAAGGCGGGUGGUGCGUGGGGAAGGCGGGUGGUGCGUGGGGAAGGCGGGUGGUGCGUGGGGAAGGCGGGUGGUGCAUGGGGAAGGCGGGUCUGGGACCAAACGAGGGUUGGUGCGUGCCAGCCGGGAAGCAGGGAAGAGCAAAGACCACAGUAG